AUGCAAUCUACUGUACAAACCGAGACUGUCGCUCAGCCAAAGAUCCUUCUCACUACGGGCCCUCUCUCCGAUGCGCACCACAGCGCAUCUUCCAUUCCGAUUCGCGCGCCACUCCAAACCACUGGCAUACUGGAUAACCAAUAUGCUUUUGAGGAACUGACUCCCGCCAUUGGACGUCUGUACCCUACACUUCAACUUAAAGACAUUAUACAUAACGAUAAGGCCGAUGAACUGAUUCGCGACUUGGCCAUUACCAUCUCUCGUCGAGGCGUGGCCUUUUUCAAGAGUCAGGACAUUUCACCUGACGACCAAAAGUUUCUCACCAACCGUCUUGGCCAGCUUACUGGCAAACCAUCGAGCUCAGGUCUUCACAUCCACCCCGUGUACAAUUCGGAGCGCGAGGGUAAAGAUUCUGUGAUUGACGAGAAAGGCACAAAAAAUACUGACUUGGAAAUCAGUGUGAUCUCGAGCAAUCUAUUCCGCUCACUUGGAGUCGCGCCGCGUUCGGGUGCUGAUGAGUGGCACAGUGAUAUCACGUUCGAACCCGUACCGGCGGAUUACACCUCGUUGAAGGUGCAUACGAUGCCUGAAACCGGUGGUGAUACAUUGUGGGCCAGUGGCUACGAGACGUACGAUCUCCUCUCCAAACCGUUCAAAAAGCUACUAGAAAGUCUGACUGGCUUCUUUUACCCGCCCGAUUUCGUGAGGUCGGCCAAAGAGCAUGGUUACCCGCUGUUUGCCGGUCCUCGCGGUGCUGCGGAAAACGUCGGCACACAUCUGUCGGCAGAGCACCCGCUUAUCCGCACGAACCCUGUCACCGGCUGGAAGUCAAUCUUUGGAUUUGGUCAGCAUUUUCACCAUGUGAAGGAUGUGCCGCGUGAAGAGAGCGAGCUCGUGAAAAAGUUUGUGCUGGAUCUUGUUACGCAGAACCACAUCACGCAAGUCCGUUACCGCUGGGGUAAGAAUGAUCUCGCCAUAUGGGACAAUCGCUCGACCUAUCAUGCAGCCACGCCGGACUACUUUGACCUAGGCCCUCGUUCGGGCGUGCGUGCCGUAUCAUGUGGCGAGCGCCCCUACUUUGACCCAAAUAGCAAGUCCCGCCGUGAGGAGCUUCAAGGGCGAAUCAAUUAG